AUGCAACGCGUUGUGUUAGUUCUCCUGCUGGUGGCGGUUCAUCACCCAUCUUCAUCAGCCGAAAUAGCCUCACAAAGGGCGCCAUCAACGGCGAGACGUCUCAUCCCACUUGGCACAACCCAACACGUCGUAUCGGCGCACACUUUCGACACGCAAAACCCGGAACCAUGGGGCAAUAAGCAGUUCAAGGAGGUCACCAUCACGAAGAACGUCCCCGUACCGUAUCCUGUGAAGGUGGAGCGACACGUGGCCGUGCCUGUGAAGAUCCCAGUUCCAAUCGCCAUCCACAACAAGAUCCCGAUCGUGGUCGAGCGCAAGAUCCCAGUGUACGUGGAGAAACCUAUCCCGGUGCAGGUGGAUCGUCCCGUUCCCUACGCGCUGCCAGUUGAGAUUCCCAUCUUCCAUAAAGUUGCCGUUGAGGUACCGAAGCCCUACCCUGUGCACGUGCCCAAACCGUACCCGGUGUACAUCAAGAAGCCGAUCUUUGUGAAGCAGAAGGUGCAUCAGCAGCCUGAAGAGUAUCAUCAGCAGAAAGGUGCCGCGGGCAAGCGCACGAAGAAAAGCCCACCCGUGGUUGUGUUCAAGUCGACGAAAGUGUAA